AUGAGUUCUUUUAAGCCCGCUAUCUUAUCUGCCUCUCUAGGCCGAGCUUGGCUCCACGACUUCGCCAACAAGGCCAAGCAAGCCUCAGAUCAUGGUUUCCAAGGCAUCGAAGUGUUCUACGAGGAUCUUGAAUAUGAAGCAAAAAGAUUACACAGUGUCGAAACUCCUAGCAAUGAACAGAUUCUUAAUGCGGCAUCGCAUAUCCGAGAGUUGCUGGAUGGCUUGAAGCUUACAGUCAUUGGCCUCCAGCCAUUCUUGUUCUAUGAGGGCUUGAAGGACCGGGAGCAACAUGCUAGACUCAUUGAAAAGAUCAAAUUAUGGUUCAAGAUCGCAAAGAUCUUGGGGACCAACACUAUUCAGAUUCCUGCCAAUUUCCUCCCGGCUGAUCAGUUGACCGGCGACAUGGAUGUUAUAGUAGGAGAUCUAGUCGAGCUAGCAGAUCUGGGCAUCAAGCAAGAUCCCCCAAUUCGUUUUGCCUACGAAGCUUUGUGCUGGAGUACUCACGUCGACACCUGGGAGAAGUCAUGGGAAGUGGCUCAGAAAGUUGACAGACCCAACUUUGGUCUUUGCCUCGACACAUUCAACAUCGCGGGCCGUGUCUGGGGCGAUCCAGCUUCCCCAACUGGCAAGACACCCAACGCCGACCAAGAUCUCAAAGAAUCCUUAGAGAGACUUGUCAAAGAGGUCACUCUCGACAAGGUGUUUUACAUCCAAGUCGUUGACGCCGAAAGGAUGGAGACUCCCCUUGUCAAAGGACACCCGUUCCAUGUUGAUGGAAACCCGGCUAGGAUGAACUGGUCGCGAAAUGCAAGAGCCUAUAUGUAUGAGGCGGAUCGAGGCGCUUAUCUUCCUGUUGAGGAUAUUGCCAAGGUGUUGAUACAUGAUAUGGGGUAUAAGGGAUAUGUCUCGAUGGAGCUGUUUUCGCGAACCAUGUCUGAGGAGGGAGAGGAUGUGCCGAAACAGCAUGCCGAGAGGGGUAUCGCAGCUUGGAAGACCUUUGUUGAGAGGUUGAAGCUUAACGAGAUCUAG